CAUUGACUUUCUUUUUUACUCAAACUCACAUUGAGAGAGGAUUUAACAACCCAACCUCCCUCUUUACAGCAAUCCAGUGGAGAAAAGUCUAGGGCUUGCAAUAACCGGCCUAUAUAUAGCGCUAUAACUCUCUCUCUCUCUCUCUAUUUAUAUAUAUAUUUAAUUCCUGCUCCAUCUCUCCAGAUCUUUGCUGAAUGAUUUCACGAGAUAGAUCGAUGCUAUAUUUGUCUGGCUUGCAUUGGCAGCAAAGAGACCUAUAGCAUUUGCACAGGGGUUUUCUUUUUUCUUCUUUUUUUUUUUAUUUGAUUGCACACCCCGAGUUGGUGGGUUGUGUUUUUUUUUUUUUCUUUUUCUUUUUGGCUGUGUGCUCUGUAAAAGUUUACUUUCAAAGUUUUCAGAGAGGGGCAUCUUAUUUUGCUGCUGGUGGUGGGGGGAAGAGAACCAGACACCACCCUACCCCACCCCCCAAAUUCUGAUCUCCUCCCCCUUCCCUAGCUCUGAGCUCACCUUCUAUGAAGCGCUCCAGUGGGUGACUUUUUAUUUGCCUUUUUUGUGCCUGUGUGCGGUGCAUUUCAGAGGGUUUGGGUUGUUUUCCCCCCCCCUCCCUCCUCCUUCUCCUUCCAAAUAUGCUUUUCGAAAGUUUUGAUCUGGUUUCUGCGCUGGCCACCCUUGCUGCAUGCCUGGUAUCAUUGACUCUACUCUUGGCAGUGUCCCAACAGCUGUGGCAGCUGCGCUGGGCAGCUACUCGCGACAAAAGCUGCAAGUUACCGAUCCCUAAAGGGUCUAUGGGAUUCCCCUUAAUCGGAGAAACGUUCCACUGGCUGCUACAGGGAUCCUGCUUCCAGUCGUCCAGGAGGGAGAAAUAUGGCAACGUCUUUAAGACUCACUUGCUGGGACGCCCCUUAAUCCGGGUGACCGGCGCCGAGAACGUGAGGAAGAUCCUGAUGGGAGAGCACCACCUGGUGAGCACGGAGUGGCCCCGGAGCACCAGGAUGCUUCUUGGACCCAACACAGUGGCCAACUCCAUCGGGGACAUCCACAGGCACAAGAGAAAGGUAUUCUCCAAAAUCUUCAGCCACGAAGCUCUGGAGAGUUACCUCCCGAAGAUCCAGUUGGUGAUCCAAGAUACUCUCCGGAUGUGGAGCAGCACCCCGGAGCCCAUCAACGUCUAUUACGAGGCGCAGAAGCUCACCUUCCGCAUGGCCCUCCGUGUCCUGCUGGGCUUCUGCAUCUCUGAUGAGGAGCUCACCCGACUCUUCGAGGUCUACCAGCAGUUUGUGGAGAACGUCUUCUCGCUGCCCGUGGAUCUGCCCUUCAGUGGCUACAGGAGGGGGAUCCGAGCUCGGGAGAUUUUGCAGAAGGGGCUGGAGAAAGCCAUUCGGGAGAAGCUGCAGAACACGCAGGGCAAGGACUAUUCCGAUGCCCUGGACAUCCUGAUAGAAAGCGGCAAGGAGCAUGGCAAAGAGCUGACCAUGCAGGAGCUGAAGGAUGGCACCUUGGAGCUGAUCUUUGCUGCCUACGCUACCACGGCCAGCGCCAGCACCUCUCUGAUCAUGCAGCUUCUGAAGCACCCCGGGGUCCUGGAGAAGCUUCGUGAAGAGCUCCGUAGCAAGGGCAUCCUGCACAACGGCUGCAUCUGUGAGGGCUCCCUCCGGCUGGACACCAUCAGCAGUCUCCACUACCUGGACUGCGUGAUCAAGGAGGUGCUACGUCUCUUCACCCCCAUCUCCGGCGGGUACAGGACGGUGCUGCAGACCUUCGAGCUGGACGGCUUUCAGAUCCCCAAAGGCUGGAGCGUCAUGUACAGCAUCCGGGACACACACGACACCGCCCCAGUAUUCAAGGACGUGGACGUCUUUGACCCUGACCGCUUCGGGCAGGACCGUACCGAAGACAAAGACGGCAGGUUCCACUACCUCCCCUUUGGCGGGGGUGUACGGACCUGUCUCGGCAAACACCUGGCCAGGCUUUUCCUCAAAGCACUAGCCAUUGAGCUAGCCAGCACGAGCCGAUUCGAGCUAGCCACCAGGACUUUCCCUAGAAUCACGCUGGUCCCCGUGGUCCACCCCGUCGAUGGACUCAAGGUCAAAUUCUUCGGACUGGAUUCCAACCAGAACGAGAUCCUGACGGAGACAGAAGCCAUGCUGGGGGCGACAGUGUAAGCCAACUUUUCCUUCACCGGGGGAGGGCCAAUGGGGGUGGGUGGGAAAAGGGGCAGAACGAAAGGAGAAAACAGGAAAAGAAGCUUCUCCACAACACUAACGUUGCAGAACCUCCUGGUCGAGACUUUCUCCCACAGCAAAGCUGCCAAAAUGAUUGUUAUUUCUGUGGGGAAAGUACAAGGAGAUUGGCUGGUUUGGUUUUUUGGUUAUGUUUUAAGAAGAAUUUCAAACACUUGUAGAGCUGGGACUGCUUGACCAUACACAGUAUAUAAAUAUAUAUAUAUAUAUAUAUAUAUAUAUAAAACCUUUCUGCUGCAAGGAGGAGGGCAGAGGAUGCCUGCUGCGGGAAAAGCUUUUGAAAUUAGCUAGCGAUCAGAGGUCUGACUGCCCCACACGCCUCCUUGGAACCAGGCCAGGAGGUGUUGGCGAGAUCUGAUGGCAGGCUGCUACCUCUGGUGGCCUUUGAUCUUGUUGAACAGUGUUAAAUUAGUUGGUGAUAACAGUGUUUGUUUUGUUUUGCUUCCUUGGGAGAGAACGAAGAAAAAAUCCCCACACUCCCAAUCCCUAAACCCUUCUAAACGCUUUCCAGUUCUGAUUGGUCUCUCACAGCAUGUGGGGAAAAGAACUCUGUGUUCAGAUGACAGCAGCCCCUGCCCACAAAUGCUGGGAAGUGCAUUCUGGGUAACGGCACGCAAACUGAACCCGGCACCAGUUUGGCUUCUGGCAUGGCCACUGGUGUUGCUACAAGGACCACUGGGCCACUAAAUGCGGCAGGGUCAGCUGGACAGGGUGUUCUAUUCCACCUAUGCUUUGUGAACAAGAAAGCCAUUUGAUCUGUACCGUGAGACAAAGUAAUGGCCAAAUUCUGCCCUCUGAUGGGAGUCUCUCAUCCGCUUCAGCAUGGGCUGAUCUCAGUUCAGAGAGUAGAACUGGGGUCUCCGCCGUGGACAUUUUUGAAGUUGCCUGCUGCUGCUACAUGGCAUGUGUGUAACUGUCCUUUCCCCCUACCCCCACCCUGUCUGAUCCCUCCCAAACCCAGAGUUUUGCAGUGAGCUGUAUUGUUUUUGCCUUCUCUCCGGAUCUCUCAGGCCCCUCGGUGUGUGCACUGAACUCUGAACCACAUGUACUUCAUAAACUGUACUGGGGUGCUGCUAAGUAACGUGGCUCAGAGCAUGCAGUUGUUUUGUUCAUGGAACUGCUGCAGAACCAAGCCUCCAAAAAUUACCUGGUAGUCACACCCACAGCUGCCACCGUCCCCUGACCACAGAGGUGCUUGCAUUAAAGAGUGUUGGAGAUGGGUGGAAGGCUCCUUCUGAGCUAACCCUUCCCUCCGCGGCAUCCAACUGAAGUGAGAAGCUGUCCUGGGAGUGUUUGUCAGGGCAUGUGAGAUGCCAUCAAUGCAACCCCUUUUUAGAGACACUGGGAACUUCGGAUACUGCCCAGUCACACCUGAAAUGGGGGUGUUCCUCUGAAAGAAAGCGAGGCCUGUAUUGUAGUAUUUGGAGCCUCAGCAUUCAGACAUGUUUGGAUCUGGCGUUUUGGUUCAGGGCCAUCUCGAAUUUAAAAAGUUACCAGUCUGAUUUUUUUUUCCCAGAGGUGCUGAGCAUGCCCAAUUCCUGCUUCAGCUGGCAUGGUGGGCACACAGCACUUCUGCCCUGAGUCAGGAGCAACAUCUCUUUUUGCUUUAAUAGUGGCAGGGCACAGGUUUGGCAGCUGGCACCAGGCAAACCACAUGUACUGCUUCUACUUUGUAGCGGCCCUGGUCAAUGACUGGCAGUCUCAGGGAAGAGAAAUCUCUCUCGCAAUUGUCCAAGACAGGCGUGCUGUUCAUCUGAGCUGCAAGCACUGACUUUACCCAGACCUUUCAGUGUGCUCACCCUCUCUCUCGGAUAUAUUUGCUGUAACAGGGGCACCUCAUACAGUUCAUCGGGCAGAGAAGGAGAAACACAAGUGCCAGAGCUGAGAACUCCCUCGACCUGGGUGCCAAUGAAACUGUUGUGGGUGGGCGGCUUGUCAGGAUAAGUCAGAGAAGCUGAAAUCUGAAGGAAGGAGGGGUGGGAGCUUCCCACCAGGCCUGUGCAGGGUUUGCAGGCGUGGCUUUUGAAAACUGGGAUGAGUCAGUGGAAGGCUCUAAGGCAGUGCUGAGUGAAAGAUGCUGAAGGCUGCUCUAGCCAGCCGUUCAUCCGUCCAGGAUCAAUAAAGACUUUGGCAGUUCCCUGGAAGGGGAGACACUAAAGAUUUAAUCAUCACUUUAAACUAUGCUGCCAAAAAUCAUAUAGAAGCGCAUAGCCCGACAAACACACACGUGUAUGAGCUCUGCUUCCAUGAGUGCAUGUGACUUGGGAGACUCAGCGUUCAUGUGGUCGUUUCUGAGGCUUGCUGCUCCAUAAUCUCUCUGUGGCCGUUUCAUAGCAGGUUUUUAUUUUAACAGGGAUUGGCCUGAACCGAGACGCUGUAGCCUCUGAACUCUGAAGUUCAGGACAAGAUUCGGAUUUGGCAGCUAGCCCAUAAUCUCUAUGGCUGUUUGAACCAAAACACAGAUCUAAAUCCUCCUCAGCUAUGUGUGGCUCAGGCCCAUGUCCCACACUCAGAAACUUUGCAAUCCAAGUUUGGGUCUUCACACCCUCCGGGUCUAACUUUCGAUGGAAACUUCACAAGAUCAGGCUUUCUUGUGAAAUUUCUGCCAUUUCCUGUCCCGGAUAGAAAUGUGUCAGUCUGUGGGUCUCCACAUAUUUCCUGGUGAUCCACCGAAUUAAACAUUUUGAGACUCAUGGAGAAGAGGGCGUUGGGAAUGGAGAUGGUCCAUAGGGUAAGAAAGCUAGAGAACCACUCUUUUUUUAUAUGUCAUACCCAGUUUUCAGGCCUUGAUAAAUUCUGUUUUCAAGCUGUCUGUAAAAGCCACUUGCAACCCCACAAUCUUUUUGAAAACAUUAUUUGGUGGGGACACAGAGGACAAGGGAAGGAGAAGUGAGAGGCUACAGGUAAUGAGAAAAGCAGGGUGGGGAGGGAUAAAAGGCCCCGUACAAAGUCCGUUGAAGUUUUUCCAUUUACUUCAAUUGGCUUCAGAUCAAACCCCAUCAAAUAAUCAUUAGCAAAGUGUUUUCUGAGAUACUUUUAGAAGGGCAUUGGAGUCUCAGGAGAUCAGUGAAGGGUUUUCAUUUUUUAAAAUUUCAUUACAAAAUAAAAACCAAACACGCUUUUGAAUGAAUAAAUGACCGGAGAGAGAUAAUGUAAGAUGCAUACAUCUAUCUAUUAUAUGUGUGUGUGUGUGUAUUCUAUCUAGACAUAAAUAGAUCAUGCUUUUGAUUUACCAUUCCUAACUAAUAUAACUUGACUAAAAAAAAGUUGCUGCAGUGGGUUUGCAGAAUAAAGCACUUUGACUCUCAGAAUUUUUUUUCCUAGCACAGUCCAAUUCGCUAUAAUAUUAUUUUAUACACAAAUUUUUUUGGUCUGUCUUUAUAAACUAUUAUAAGUACUAUUUUUGUUAUAAUUCAAAAUAGAUAUUUAGUAUAAAAGUUUUGCUGUUAAAUAUUUGUUAUUUAGUAAGAUAUGAAUUUUUUCUCUUUAUUGUAAACUUUGUCUGGAAAAAAUAUUAAUAUGUUUUUAUUGCAGUUGUUUUUAAUCUUAAGAAAAAGCACUUGUGGGGAUUUUUUGGUUAUGAAUUUGGUGCCGUGUGAACAUGUUUCAGUCAUGUGGUUUUUAAUGUGUAUAUAAUAUUAUGUGUCACAUAUUAAAAUGGAUGUUGUGUAUUUUGUGAUCUUAAAAAAUAAUCAAUGUGGCUAUUUUAUAGACUUCCAUAAUAAAAGAGUUGAAUCUCCA